UUCUUAGGAACCUGAUCCUGGCCCCCGGCAGAGCAUAAGGGCCCGAGGCCGGGGACCUAGAGGCCGGACCAAGUUCGCGCGAGGUGUUCACAGCCUAGGCGCCCGGGGCUUGGCUUCGUACUCGCCAACAAGCCGAGCUCCCUUGCCACGAGUAUAUCAGCAACUUCAGAAAUAAACACUAGCGAAACCCCUUCCCACAUUAGCUUGUUGCUGUGCUACAGACACUGGGCUUAGUCGAUGUUCACACCUAUUACAUUUUCCCGGAAAGUGGGAGGAGCAGGGGGUAGAGAAAGGUAUGUGUAUUUGGGGGGAGGAGAGAUGUGUGCAACACCUUCCAGAAAAAUGGGGAGGUAGUUUAGAAAGUUUUUCUCUGUAACAGCACAACUUCUGAGAAGGCAGAGAGAAGAAGAAAGCAGGCAGGAAACGAAUGUCUUCCUCCUCUCCCCUUUACCCUCUUCCUUCACUCCCUAGACCGGGCUGGUCACCCGGCUGGGAAUCAAGAGCGUGUGGCUGGGAAGACACCAGUCUCUGUGCUCGGGUUCAGCCCAGUCGGGCAAGAAAGUGUGGGCAGCUGGAGAAGGUCGUCACAGUCUCCCGUGGAAUCUUGUUGCCUGAGAGCCCCAUACCGGAAAGGGCUGAGACGACUCUUCCACACAGAGGUCGCAGCCCCUGCCGCGGAGGAUCCCCAGGAAGACGCUGGAGACGCUCUGAGCGUCGGCCUUCCUUUACCCCCGGCUCCCUGGAGCUUGGUCUGGGGGUGCCAACUUGGGGCACGGAGGCGCCGGGCUGCUCCGAAGCUGGAGGGUUUCUGCUUGGGUCAGAGGGAUCACGACCUCAGCAGAACCAGGAGAGGUUGGGUGACACCCACUGCGUAUUGCACUUGACUCAAAACUGCCCUCGGCCUGCGGAAGAGGCGAGGGCAAGAAGCCUGGUGGCGGGUUCAAACUUUCACCCCAUUAUUUUCUAUCAUUUUUUAUGCCCAUAUAUUUGUUACGUGUAUGGCUGCUAUACACCAACAGCUUAUUCUACAGGAAGUGCCCCCGAGGAGGAUUGGGUUAAGCUUUGCAAAUUUGACUUCCCAGGUAAUGCGCUUCAUUAUUCUGCUCCCGACUUACCCACCACACCAGUGGGUACCCGGAGCAGCACCCGCUUGGCAGAAUUGAUGACUGCUUGGGCCCAGCGGAGUGCGCAUUGCGCUAACACGCGCACGGAAUUGCACCCUUGCCGGAGCCUCCGCACUGUGCGCCCUUCAAAGAGCUGGCGACCCCGCUCACGUGUAAGCAACCUCCCACUUUGAAGCUAAUUCGCACCUGCGUCUUUCACCCCAAAGGACUUUGCUGCGGACGCUGCUCUGACCCAAGACGCGGGAGAGAAGUCCCAAAGGCUAGAGCCAGGGGCUGGGGGACUCCUCUGCUCACCUUAGUCCUUGAUUUCGAAGGCCCCAAUUAACUAUCUGUUGUGUCAGAAUCGGCGAGUGCAAAGUGGCUGCGCCCCGCUGACGCGCUCUCUCCUGGGUCCGGGUAUCCCAGGGCAUCCGGAGCUGGGGAGGGUUGUGCGGACUACCCAAGGCACGCGCAGAUACCGGGCAGGGAAGAAGGGUUCCGUGUUCCAAGGACGGUCGUUUACCUCUCCUGAGAUCAGCCCUGAUCCGUUGGUAACUUAAGCGCCUCUGAACUCGGGGAGCGCUUGGUGGGGCGCCUCCCUGCAUCCACCCCUACCUCUGGCUCAUUCCCAAGCCCAGCAUCUUUCCCACCGUUCUCACUCCCACCACCCCCACGGCCCCGCCCGUUUAGAGGCGUGCGGUGGACACUCGGUUUACAGAACCGGCGUUUCAGAUGUUUAUUUGCAACUAAUUGCUUGUGCUGGAAAAUGCUUGUUACCCGGGCGGAGCGCUUCCGCUCUGCGCUGUCUGGCCCGGCGGGCGGUAGCUCGCUGAUCCCUCCCGUAAAGCCUCCAAGGAGCGGGCGGCUGGGAGAGGUUGUGCCACCCGGGACCAAGCCAUCGGCGCUGCUCUGGACUCCCGGUAGGGGGAGCCGCCGCGGGAGCCAGGCCGGCUUGUGUUCUGGCCUCGGGGCGGCCCUGCUGCUUGCGGCCGGGACUCCCAGCACAGAGCUUGGGAGGACUCCACCUGCUCUCCAGAUAAGGCGCCAUGAGCAGAGAAGGAAACAGAGGGCCAAGCUCCCUCCUAAUUCCCCGUUGUUGCAGAGCAAAGAAGAUGGGGGAGAACUAGUUAUAUUCUCUAGGUCUAAAUAUUGUUGAAAAAUUUGUAGGUGAGAUCACCUCCUUUGCCCAUAUCCAUGUAUAAUAUAUCCAUUACAUGUGUUUGCCCAUAUAUAUACAUACGCCAUAUGUAAAUAUGUAGGUGUGUAUGUAUGUGUAUAGCAGUGGUUUAGAAUUAGUCUCAGUUCUACAAAUUUUGAGCCCUUUUAAUAUUUUAGGUGACUUAAUCCCUUCUCACUGUAUUUUCCAAGUCACUUUUUUCCAAGAGUUUUAGGUGAUCCCAGCACAAAUAAGGAGCUCAGAUGAGACUUGCCAGGUUUGCUGCAGUAAUGUCAGCAAAAGAGUCUCUCUCUUUCUGACUCUAUAGACUUAAGUAAGGGUUUAGAGGCUUUCAUUUUAAGAUAUGACUAAUGUUUAGAGAACAAGACUAAACCAAAGUCAAGGGGAAAGCAGUUAGACUGUGAACCUGCAGACCACUCCACUGCACCCAGUGUGGCAGCACACCUGUGCUGAAUGGCCAGAGACUUCCUGGUCAAUACUCCCACAGAUAAAAGACUUCAGACUCUGCUUAUACACAAAUCCAUCUUUCGCUGGGAACCCACAACUCAUAACAACUCUCCUAAUGCCAAGUCAUCAAGGCCUCUUGAAAGAGAAUCAUAAAAAACAAUUUCAAACUUGGAGGGAAACCUAAAGUUUACUGAUGAGGAGCUUGAACUGAGUAGAGGCAAAGAAUCAUACACCAGAUGAGAAAGGCCCCAUGCACUGAGCUGAGACCGGAACUCUCCUCUUCUGACUCUCAGUCCAGUAAGUUUGACUACAGAGCACACAUUUCAUUGUGAUUAUUAUAUUCCCACAUAUUUUGGUGUUCUUAGUUAGGCAUACUCCUUUAACACUAUUGUAAUAAAAGCAAAAUCUGGAAGAUCUUUAA